AUGAAAAAUCAGCCCCGAAGAGAAGUCGAGUUGAACUUGAAUGAUAUUGUUGGUGAUCCGGGAAAACGCAAGCCAAUUGAAGAGUUCGAUGUUUCAAUUCGUGAUAGAGUACGAAGAGAGUACUUGAAUAAGGGCCCCCAAUUGGACAUAAGUAUGAAAAAAAGAAAUAUGAAAUCAUAUAAAGGAGGUCGACAAUCAGAUGAUGCUUUUACAAAGACAGGUUGUAGCAACUGGAAAAAUGCAUUAGAAAGAUCCAAUUAUCAUGUUGGAGACGUGAAUAGUUGUCAUAAUAAUGCUAGAAUUCAGUUCGAAGCUUUUCAAGAUCAAAGGAACAGUGUGGCAAGUAUAUUACGGUCAAAUACCUGUGAGAUGGAAGUUGCAUAUCGCAUUCGGUUGACAGUCUCAUUGAAUGUGACUCGAUUUCUCUUAAAGCGGGGAUUAUCUUUUCGUGGACAUGAUGAGUCAAGUAGUUCUUCAAAUCGAGGUAAUUUUCUUGAGUUGCUUCUAUGGUUUAGUGAACUUAACGAUGUUGUAUCCAAAACUUUGUUUGCAAAUUCUCCUGCUAACAAUCAAAUGAAAUCACCACGAAUUCAAAAGGAAUUAGCAAAUGCUUGUGCUUCUGAGGUCACACUUGCCAUAGUUAAUGAUAUUGGAGAUAAAGUUUUCACUCUUUUGGUUGAUGAGGCUCGAGACGUUUCAAUGAAGGAGCAAUGGGAGUUGUUUGAAGAUAUGUGA